AUGUACCAACCAACAACAACCCACCCACCUCCACCACCGCCUCGUCGCCACAACAGCCUUCAGAUUGAAAUCUCGGGCAUCCCUGCCGAGAACGGCAAAUGCAGAGUCGAAACACAACUCAAGAUCGCUCUACACCUAAAAAACGCACAGAAUGAGAGCGUCAAGGACUGGAAGCAACUUCGCCUCCCUCACUCGCUGAUAGCCAAGGAGAAGCACCGCAUGGAAAAGUUCAAUGGUCGCAGUAAACACAUCGAGGACUCGGAGAUAUUGACGCUCGAUGCUCGACUUGUUUGCGACCACGACAUGACAAAGAUUCUGGAGUGCUGCGACAACUGCAUCGGACGGGAGCGGAAACGAGCACACCGUCGCAAGGAGAGCCAGAAACUGCCAGGACCCCUCUCCUCGAUACCAAUCUUUGGGUCCAUCAAUCCCAAGAAUGGUCCAGUGUCUCUCGCCGACGAACCCAUCCCACCGACACCAACAGACCCAAUUGAAUAUCAAGCAUGGGAACGACAUCGCAUUAUGGUCUUCAGCAGCACAGAAUACGUCGACAUCUCCUCAGGACACAUUCAAUUUACGGCCAAGGAUUCGACUGGUGCCGUGGUGGCAUCCGUACUGAGCAACGCUGUCAUGAUGAUGGACGACCACAAGUCAGGAAAGCGGCCAACGGCAGGCGCUGCCAAGUCCGCAUCCUCGACUGCAGUAAGGAAAAAGGCAGCCACCACAGGAGCAUCUAAUGGGCCCACAGCUGCCGGCUCGACAGAAAACCAAGAUGAUGGCGAUCAAGACGGGCAGCAGAACGACGACGAUGACGAUCAGGAGGACAUGGACCAGGACGAUGCGGACCAAGGGGAUGGUGACGAGAUUGACCUGGAAGCUGGACGCCAUAUACAUCAGCACAGUUUUGCAGCAAAUGGCAUGAAAUUUGAAGAUGCAGAGAUGGCAUCGGAAGAUAUUCUGACACCUUUGUCGUCUGCGGCGGAGAGGCUAGGAGCAAAGCGGAGAGUGGUAGAUGAAAGCACUAUGGAUGGAGUCCAAACGCAGUCGGACAUCGACCCCUCUCGAGGACCAUUCCGUCGGAAAACAAGCCAUGACAUCCCACAUGGAGUUGGUGCUCCGGCAUCAUUCGUCUCCUCCUCUCAUUCCUUUGCAACAUCACUCCCCACCGAUUCACUCGUCUCGCUUUCACCCUUCAUGCCAGGAUCACCAUUCGCCAAUGACUCACAGCACAACGCCUUUUCGCCGUCCUUCUCACAAUCACUCGACGGGAGCUUUCUCGACCAGAAGAAUAUCGACAUGUUUUUGACGGCCGGUCUGCCUCCAUCAAUAACGCAACAGAACGGAUUCCGCAAGAUCUCCAAGGAUACAGUGGAGAGCGAGUCGUCGAUGAUGGAGUUCACAACAUUGGAUGAGGCGAUGGGGUCUCCUCCCGACGCAUUCCAAGCAUCGACACUAUCAACGGAUUCCAUUUCGAUCAGCCAGUCAUCCGAGCACACAUCGCAGUCGACCUCGUCCACUAGUCAGGCAUUGCCAACGCGGGCGUCAUUCUCCGUCCCUGCUCCAGCAUUCGCCCCUAUGUCAACAGCAUCAUCCAACCCCUUCAGUUCUGCGGGUAUGCUUACGUCCGCCUUCAGUACAACCUUUUCAGCACCGAUGAAUGGACCUGCGACCAGCUCAAGCCUUGUAAACGCCCAUGGGAUGUCGUCAAGUUUUCUCAACCCGACACAGAUGCAGGAGUUUCAAAACUUUCAGCGCCAGAGUGUGACUCAACAAAAGCAGCAACAGCUACUUCUUCAGCUGCAGCAAGGCGUCCAAAACCAGAACAAGCAACAAAUGGAAGCCAAACCAGUACCAUGGACCACCAACAAAACCGACAACAAGGACCCUUACUGGAAGAUGCGUAUGGCCAUGUCCCAAACAACCAGCCCUUCAUCGUCAGCAUUCAUCCCCAUCCCGACUUCUUUGCCAGAGGACGGCGAUAAAGCAGCCACACCAAAGCCCAGCACCGAUACCAACGCCAUAGAAAUAUCGACAUCCACCGCGGACGCUCCACUCGCACCCAAGAAGAGAGGUCGCCCGCGAAAGGCAGCUGCCCCAACCACCUCGGAAGCCGGUUCGCCAGUGCUCUCCACGUUGCCGCCGACACCCGUGCAAUCGUCGCCCUCGCCAUCAUUGGCAUCGCUUGCGCCACCCUCUGCCGCAGCUGCCUCUGCCGCCGCAGCCCAGUUCUUGUUGUUUCAGCAACGCCAACAGCAGCAGUUGCAGCAUCACCAACAGCAACUCCAGCAACAGCAGAAGCAGGCGAUCCUCGCUCGACAGAAGCCAAGAGUCCAAAAACUCAUCCCGUCUCGUGGACCUGUGGAAGGGGGUGUGGAAAUUACGUUGUUGGGUAGCGGAUUCUUUCCAGGCAUGGUGCCUACUUUCGACGGCGUUCCAGCUCAGGAUGUUCAGUACUAUGGACCAGAGACGGUAAUUUGCCGGUUGCCGCCACGAAGCUUCCCUGGAUCGGUCGUGGUCAAGGCGCAGAGUCAACUGAGUGCAGCGGUGGCGGCAGGACCAGGGACAUCGACGGACGAUCCCAACAGCAACGAACUUGUCAGGACGAUGACCCAGCUCUUCGGAGGACCCACGGCCGCUCAGCAGAUUUUGGGAGACGAUGACGUUGGAGUGUUGUUUGAGUACGAAGAGAGCAAGGGCGAUCGAGAGUUGAUUGCUCUGGCACUGCAGGUUUUGGGCAUGAAGAUGAGUGGUCGAGUCGAGCCUCCUCACCAAGUUGCCAUGAGGAUCAUGGGCACCGCCGCUGCGUCGAACGCCAUCAUGGGUCAGGAGAUGAACGCUCUUUCCGCAGGAUCGUCCUCGACGUCACAACAGUCGCUGCAGAUGCAACAGCUUCAACAACAGCAACAGCAACAACAACAACAGCAACAUCAACGCGCACUGCUAGGUUUUGGUCAACAGUUCAAUGGCUUUCCCAGCGGCUUUGCACAGCAGCAACAGCAACAGGGUCAGAACGCCUUCCAGCCACAGUCGAGUCAAAGCGCAGGAUCGACCAAUGGAGGUGCGCUCGGUGCAGGCAUGCUGGGGUUUGGAGGGUUCCUGAACUCGAACCCUGGUGCCAAUGGAGGUGGAGGCAUUUAG